UUGUCAUACAAUAUUCUAGUGAUCUCCUCAACCAGUAUGCUCGGUGGUAAUGUCAUUUGGUUCCGUCAUGGUCUUCGCCUCCAUGACAACCCAUCCCUCCACAGCGCUCUUGAAGAUCCAAGCGCUCCGUUCUUUCCCAUAUUCAUAUUUGAUGGAGAAACUGCUGGUACAAAGAUGGUGGGCUACAAUCGUAUGCGAUACUUGUUGGAAGCGCUGAAUGAUUUGGACCAACAGUUCAGGAAGUACGGCGGGAAACUGCUCAUGAUUAAAGGGAGACCUGACUUAAUAUUUAGGAGGCUAUGGGAGGAAUUUGGUAUUCGUACGCUAUGCUUCGAGCAGGACUGUGAGCCGAUAUGGCGUCCGCGUGACGCGAGCGUGCGUGCUCUGUGCCGAGACAUCGGCGUGUCGUGCAGAGAGCAUGUCGCACACACGCUGUGGAACCCGGACACCGUCAUCAAGGCCAAUGGAGGAAUACCGCCGCUAACAUACCAGAUGUUCCUGCAUACAGUUGAAAUCAUCGGCAAUCCACCUCGACCUGUAGACGACGUUGAUUUGAACGGCGUUAACUUCGGUUCACUGCCUGAGAGCUUUUACAGGGAAUUCACUGUCUUUGAUAAGGCCCCAAAACCAGAAGAUCUGGGCGUGUUUCUGGAAAACGAAGAUAUUCGUAUGAUCCGCUGGGUGGGGGGAGAGACGGCGGCCUUGAAACAGAUGCAGGAGAGAUUGGCUGUGGAGUAUGAAACAUUCUGCAGGGGUUCUUACUUGCCGACUCACGGUAACCCGGAUCUCCUUGGACCGCCGAUAUCUCUGAGUCCAGCCUUGCGCUUCGGAUGUCUAUCCGUUCGACGUUUCUAUUGGAGUCUCCAGGACCUGUUCCAGCAGGUUCAUCAGGGACGUCUCGCAUCCACUCAGUUUAUCACUGGUCAGUUAAUAUGGCGGGAGUAUUUCUACACGAUGAGCGUCAACAAUCCCAACUACGCUCAAAUGUCGGGGAAUCCUAUCUGCUUGGAUAUACCGUGGAAGGAACCGGAAAAUGAUGAGUUACAGAGAUGGAAGGAGGGUCGUACGGGGUUUCCAUUCGUGGACGCGGCCAUGCGUCAGCUGCGUACAGAAGGCUGGCUGCAUCACGUUGUACGGAACACCGUGGCUUCAUUCCUUACCCGCGGAACCCUGUGGCUGUCCUGGGAACACGGACUACAGCACUUCCUCAAGUAUCUACUGGAUGCUGAUUGGUCGGUGUGCGCCGGUAAUUGGAUGUGGGUAUCAUCCAGUGCAUUCGAGGCCUUAUUAGACUCCGGUGAGUGCGCGUGUCCCGUCAGACUGGGAAGGAGGUUGGAGCCCAGUGGACAUUAUGUACGGAGAUACGUACCGGAACUGGCUCGGAUGCCCGGCGAAUACAUUUACGAGCCGUGGCGUGCCCCGAUCGAGGUUCAAGAGGCUGCGGGCUGUAUCAUAGGUCGUGACUACCCCGCGCCGGUAGUAGACCACACAGCUGCGGCCGCCAGGAACAGGGCCAACAUGCAGGAACUGCGUCGCUUGCUAGAGAAGGCUCCUCCUCACUGCUGUCCGUCAUCUGAAGACGAGGUGCGGCAGUUCAUGUGGCUUGGAGACGAUUCGCAGCCUGAACUCACCACCACAUGA